AUGUUUAUUGGAAAAAUUAGUAUCGACUGUAAAUCGCUACGACCACCACCAAGGAUACAGCAAAAUAUCACUUUUGUACAACCGCCAAAUAGUUCACAUGAUAGUUAUAUCCAUCCAGAUUAUUAUGUCAUUGGUGUGGAACCCUACGGAAAAUUUGCAUUCGGUUUUUCGAAUGCCUUUAUCUUAGUUUAUGAUUUAAACUAUUUGAAAUUGCUAUCAUGGCCAGCUAGUUUAACAUGGCCAAAUUCAACGUUUUUGCCACUGGCUGUUGAUGUCACUAGUAGUUUUGCGGCUGUUGCUGGUUUUACAUACGGGACAGACAGUUUUACCCCAACUGUUUAUCUGAUCACAUAUAAAUUGUAUGCAUUGGGUGAAGCACUUUUUAACUCGGCUUCAUUUAACUGUUCAUCUGAUGGCCAACUUUGUCUUCGCGAUGCUGCGAGUUUAGUUGUUGCUGCCAAAUGGUCAUCGGAGAAGUCAUUAGUGAAUCCGUUAAUGAAAAUGUCGUUGAGCGUUAACGAUAAUGAUGGUCGUAUUUUGGUUGGAAUUUCAGCAGAUAAUAUAAUUAAAACCUUUGUUACAAAUGGGUCGUCUGACAAAAUAAAUCUCACGUAUGUUAGUUCGCGGAAAAACAAUCCAGGCGCGUUAGAAUACGGUUAUGGCGCAGGCGUUACUUGGUUAAAUCAAGGCAAGAAAGCAGCUGUUCUAGCAAAUGUAUAUGUCGGCACGACCCUGAUACGAUCACGUAUUCAUUUUUAUGAUAUGACAAUGUCAACCAUUACAGACGAAACAUCGCCAGUGUCCAUAUUUCCUAAUAGGCAACAACCGAGCACCGAGUAUAGUAGCUUAGAGGGAGCUCGUUCAAUUGAGACGUAUUUCGGACCGUUAAUUGCUGGUAUCUCUUCAAAUUCACUUGAGAAUGAUCCAUCAUCAUUGAAUGUAUUAGAUACAGAUGGAAGAAUAUUGGUAAUAUUUCCAUCGAAACCUGGUUUUUACUCAAGCUCAUUCAGUAUGGGGUACACUGUAUCCUCCCCUUCCACACUAUUCUCUUUUUUAUGUUUACAGCCAGACACCUCUAAGUGUCCACCUGGAAUGCAUAAAAACGAUAGUGGCCCAUGGUCAUGCUCAUUGUGUGAAACUGGAACAAUGUAUCCUGGUAUACGUAAUAAUACAGGUUUCAACUGCAUACGAUGUUCUAACGAAUCGUUUUGUGCUGUUGGUUCCAUCAGCGAAUCAAAACUACUUGAAGACGUUAAUGAAACACACAGCUAUCCUCAGUCACCAGAAACAGUUGUAUAUGAUGACAUUCUAAUGCAAACGACAUUUUCAAUCGAUUGCCUUGUAGAGUCACCGCUAUUUUGGUCUUUGAUUGUCACAGGUUUUACCCUUAUCAUAGUCUUCAUGAUGGGAAUUUUCAAAUUUUCAUUGCGCUUUAAAAAUGUUCGAUUGUUUCUGAAAAAGUUAUUUCGACAUGGAGAUAUUCUGGGUGAAGGCGAAUUUUGGAUAGGUGGUUUAUUUUCUAUUGCUAUUGUUGUUCUUCUUUCGUUGGUGUACAAAUUUAGUUAUUCAUUUUAUUAUCAGUAUCCGAUCGAAGGAUCUCAUGGACCAACAUUCUCUUGUAAAUCAAGACCACAUAAUUCGAAGUUUCAUACAAGUUUACAGUUUCUCAGUGUGCAAUCUGCAGAGCAAGCGUCAGUGUUUUCUCAGUUGAAUUCCCAAGAGUUUACCAUUAUUGUUGAAUUUAUGAAUACUGGAUAUACUUGUAACGAUCUGACGAUUGAAAGUUCAUUUAUUCUGAUGUUACCUACAACUUGCAGCACAGAAUGGAAUAUUAUUUUUGUAUCCGUGAAAUUGCCGUCACAUUUUAUAACUUUAAAGUUUACUUUUUUCGGAAUGAGUACCAUUGCCGGAUUGAGAGUAGGUCUGACGGGACCUGGUGGCUAUGAUAAGGAAAGUACGAGUCGACAGCUGAAUUUUUCAAAACUAUUCUUUGAAAGUAACAAAGUUUUAUCACAAAAUCCCAGUAUUCAGUUGCAAUUGACCAAAAUCAUCAAUAUCACAGACGGUUUAAAAACGGAUGACAAAACAAACUAUAGCGGUGUCUGGACGCCGACAUUUCUUUUCGAUGCGGAACAAAUGUUUCUUUCACAGCAACAAUAUCAAAGUCAAGAGGCAACUUUGGGUACAGUCUUGUCUAUUAAAACCAGUGAGACACCAUUUUUUGUCAAAAACGAACAAACGCCAAUAGCAAAACAACCAGAAAUCAUUUUUCAUACGAUCCUCUUUACAGGUGUUUGCCUGGAUUUGGUUGGGAUGGUUAUCCUGCUGUCAAAGCUACUAAUAUUUCCAACAUUCAAAGUUUUAAUCGAAAAAUUAUUCCACAAAACACAUCGUAUUCGUCAAAUGAUAAUUAAUACUGCUGACGAUAUUGAACAGGCUGAAACGACAAGUUCAAAACUGAUGAGAGAAGAAGUGAAUCAGUUGAAACAGCAAGUCAUAGCAUUAACGAAGCUUGUACAAAAUAAAUCAGUUUUACCAGUAACAUAUCAUCCGGUGUCACGCAUAAAUCCUGCUUUACAUGGGCAUCCAUCAACAGUAACUAUUCAAGAUCUGGAAUGGGAAGAUUAA